AUGGCAGUGACGCAGGCGCGACCCAGGGAGCCUGAGUAUGGAUCCCGCCUGGCGGUCAAUGUUGUUGACGAAAUAGCCGCGCGGGAUCCCACCCGUCCGUUCGUCUUCGUCCCGCGCUCCAACAAGCCGGACGACGGAUGGGUCCCCGUCACCUUCAAGCAGCUUGCGAAUGCCGUCAACCAUGUCGCCCACAUCGUCGCGCGGGACGUCAAGCCCACAUCCGCGGACCCGUUUCCCACCUUGGGAUACGUCGGGCCCAACGAUGUGCGCUACGCCAUUGUCAUGCUCGCCUGUGUCAAGGCCGGCUGCCAGGGCUUCUUCAUCUCGCCGCGCAACAGCGUCGAGGGCCAACUGCGCCUGCUCAAGGCGACCAACUGCACUAACCUCUGGUAUGCUGAGUCGUUCCGCUCGAUAGUGCAGCCAUGGAUCGACCAGAGGAAGAUGACGGCCAAGAUCGUGCCGUCGGCGGAGGAGUGGCUCGGCUCCGAGGGCAAGCCGUUCCCGUACGACAGGCCUUUCGAGGAGGCGCGCUUUGAGCCUUUUUGCGUUUUGCACACGAGUGGAUCUACGGGCUUCCCGAAACCGAUUGUUGUUCGUCAAGGCAGCAUGGCUGUCGCUGACAAGUUUCGGAGCCUGCCUGACCAUCACGGCGCUCCUUUUGUCUUUACGGGAUGGUCGUCGCAAUCCCAGAGGAUGUUGAUGCCGAUGCCGCUCUUCCACGCAGCGGGAAUGCUGGCCAGUCUAACGAUACUGGCCGUUUUCUACGGUCUGCCCCUGGCGUUGGGCAUACCGGACCAGAUCAUGACGCCCGAGUCGGUCAGGGACUGUCUGUUCUACUCCCGAGCCGACUCAGUGAUGCUCCCGCCCUCCAUAGUGGAAGGCCUGUGCCAGGUGGACGGAGGGCUGGAAAUCAUGAAGCAGCUCAAUUAUGUCGUCGUCGGCGGCGGAAACCUCUCACAGGCAGCUGGAGACACGCUCCUAGAGAACGGAAUACUCUUGAGCAACAUCAUCCAGUCCACAGAGGCUAUCCCGUACGGCAUCUACAUGCAGCCGAACCCAGAGCUGUGGCAGUACUUCAUCAUCAACACAGACGUCAUGGGGGCGGUGUGGCGCUGCCACGACGAGAGGGAGGGCGUCUACGAGCUGUUCCUCAAGCGCAAGAACUUGAUGGACCCGACCGACCAGCCUGCGUUUUACACCUUUCCAGCGGCUGCGGAAUGGUCCACCGGCGAUCUGUACAAGCGGCAUCCCACUCUCCCCGACCACUGGAAGUUUCACGGCCGCGCCGACAACGUCAUUGUGUUUUCCAACGGGGAGAAGCUCAACCCUGUGACCAUCGAGGACACCGUCAUGGGCUGCACGGCAAUCAAGGGCGCCCUCGUGGUCGGCCAGGACCGCUUCCAGCCCGCGCUCCUGCUGGAGCCGUUCGAUCACCCGAGGAACGAGGCCGAGAAAAGGGAUCUCCUGCGGCGAGUGUGGCCAUAUCUCCAGGAGGCAAACCGCGAAGCCGUCGCGCACGGGCGCAUUUCGCGACAGCUGGUGAUGGUCUCGGACGAAAAGAUUCCGUUUGCACGCGCACCCAAGGGCACGGUGCAGCGGCCUCUGACGAUCAUGGCUUACAAGAGGCAAAUAGACGACCUGUACAGCAGGGCCGAGGACAACGAAGCACAAGACAUUGUGGCGCUCGACUUCAGCGGCGAGUCUGCCCUGGCGGAGUCGAUCAUCAAGCUGCUCAAGACGAAGCUGCUGGUGCGCAACGCGCAUCCAGACGCAGACCUCUUCUUGCUCGGCGUCGACUCGCUGCAGGUCAUGCAGAUGGCGAGCAUCCUCCGGGCCAGCGCCGAGGCGGCCGGAGUGAUGGUGAAGCGAAACCACUGUGCGCCUCGGGCUAUCUACGCGAACCCGACUCCACGGCAGCUGGCUGCGUAUCUCCUCUCGACCAUCAACGGCGGCGAGUCCACGCAGAGCGACGAGGAGCGCGAGAUAGCUGCCUUGAAGGGACUGAUAAGCAAGUACACAAAGGACCUGCCGACACCCCACGCUCACAGGCCGGAUCCCUUUAGCGAUGCGCAGACGGUUCUAGUGACGGGCACGACGGGGUCCCUGGGGGCUUACCUCCUCGACCACCUGUGCAAGCUCCCGCAAGUGGGCAAAGUGAUUGCCCUGAACCGCGGCAAGAACGGAGGAAAGCUACGACAGGGGCCCAUCAGCGCAGCCCGCGGUCUCAGCACCGACUUCUCCAAGGUGGAGUUCCUCCGGGCGAACCUCGCGAUGCCGCACCUCGGCGUCGGCAAGGUGCGGUACCGUAGACUGCUGUACUCGGUCGACCGCAUCGUGCACAACGCGUGGCCCGUCAACUUCAACAUCAGCGUCGCCUCGUUCGAGCCGCACAUCUGCGGCGUGUGGCACCUCGUCGACUUUGCCAGCAAGGCGUCGCGGCGGGUGCCUAUCAUAUUCGUCUCCAGCAUCGGCACCGCCAUGGCGUGGAAGAAGCAGUGCCCCGUCCCCGAGGCCAAGCUCGAGGACCUGUCGCUAGCGGAGAUGGGCUACGGGCGCUCCAAGCUCGCAGGCAGCCUGAUCCUUGACGCGGCAGCGGCGCGCGGCGUGCCGACGGCGACGGUCCGCGUGGGACAGGUCGCGGGCCCGAGGAGCCGGAAUGGUGUGUGGAACAGGCAGGAGUUCAUGCCGACGCUAAUUGAGAGCUCCCUGUUCCUGGGCAAGCUGCCCAAGAGCAUUGGGCCGGGCGACGAGGUGGAUUGGAUGCCCAUCGAGGACGUCGCCCAGCUGGUCCUGGACGUGUCGGGCGUGACGACGGAGACGCCCGUGUCGGCGAUACACGGCUACUUUCACUGCGUCAACCCGUCCAGGACGACGUGGGCCUCGCUGGCGGCCGCUCUGGAGGAGCACUACCGCGGGCGCCUGGAGAUGGUGACACUCGAGGAAUGGGUCGCCGCGUUGGAGCAGGACGCCGGCACUGGGGCGAGCGCGGAGAGGAACCCGGGCGUCAAGCUGUUGGACACGUAUAGGAGCAUGUUGGCGUCGGCGAAAGAGGGCGCUCGGCACGUCAACUUCGACAUGAAGCGUACAAUCGCCACGAGUCCGACCGUGGCCGGCCUGGGGCCUGUCUCGCCCGAGCUGCUGAGGAAUUGGUGCGACCAGUGGGGGUUUUAG